GACUCGCUGGAUGGCUGGAAACAGAGGUGUUACCGCCUGCAGCGCAGGGACCAGCGGCUGGAGAACCACAUCCUGCAGGUGAUCCGGUCCCGCGAGCUUCGCGACUGCGAGGAAUCCUGCAACCGCGACCGCAGAUGCGUCUCCUUCAACUUCAGGAGCGACCCCGUGGAGACGGUGUGCGAGCUGACUGACAUGGACAGCUACGCCAGCUACGCCCAAUUCCGGCCGAUCGCCGGCUGGGACUUCUACGAGAAGGACGCCUCGUCGUACUGCUCUGGCUGGGACAACGGCUUCUACGACUCCCAGAACUUUGGCUACGCUUACUGCUCGCUGCGCGUGCGAGACAACACGCUGCUGAACGUGAACGCGGUACGGCGAGACAUCACGGCGCGCAGUCUGGCCGAGUGUGAGCAGGCCUGCCGCGACGAGCGCAACUUCCGCUGCGAGACCUUCUCAUUCGGGGUGCUACCGGGCGGGCGCGCCUUCUCCUGUCACCUGACGGACCUGCGCAUCGGCGAGCUCUCGCCGCGCGACAUGGAGCCACGCGCCAGCUUCGAGAUCUACGACUUCCACGGCAACGGACGCGAGUGCGACCGGCCCAACGACCAGUUCGACUACAGGCACGGCCACCUGGAGACGUGUUCGGGCCGGGCGUGUGCGCGCGGUCCGUGCCGGAUUGACCGCUCCGGCGGCUACUGGUACUGCUUCACCGACAACAACGAGGCCGUCUGGGACUACUGCUGCGACCCGGACAGUCCCUGCCAGGUCGAUCCCCACAUGGCCAUGGAGACGUGCCACGUGACCCAGCGGCGCGGGCUGUACCGCAAUGCCGGCCUGGACACAGCCUGGCGGCCUUGCACUUACCGACAGAGGUACGCCUACCUCACGCGCAACUCCACCGAUCACAUUGUGGACGACGUCAACACGACCGCCACCGACGUCGGCUCGGUAGCCGGCACCGCUGCAAUCAACAACCAGCUGCUGGAGACCAUUGACCUGGAGCGCGAGCAGAGCAAGGACAAACACUAACCGAGCCCGCGACGGCCGGCCCGACGGUAGCGGCAUUAUAUGUAUAGUACACAGACUGAGGACGGCGCAGACCUCGGUCGGCUACGGCAGAACCCGUGCUGCCAUCUAGCGAAAGCCGCGGGAAGCUGUGGUGGCUAGCCCGUCCCCUGCGUGGAUUGUUACGGUUACCGCGAGUCUGCGAAACGCCAAAGAGACGCGCGUCAUAGCCAUGUGUAUGCUUCUUCUGGUGGCGGCGAUCAGCACCCAUUCUUGCGUAUUGGUGUCUAUCUCACUGAAGGUUUUGCACUCAGAGAUUUGUCCGCGCGAGGUGUCUGUCGUGACGGCCACGCAUGCGACGCAAGCUGGGAGGCAACGGCGUGCCGUGGCUUGGACGGCGCGCCCCUCCCGUGUAUCCCGUCGCAAGGCCCGAGGCCACGCGCCAGCCUCCACGCUGGCGUGUGAAUGCCUAAUGGUCGCGACACAGAGUAGCGUUGACGUGGUGAGAUGUACGCGAACUGCUUCACAGCAGGGAUCGACAGUCGGCAGAAAUACAGCUCAUCAAUCAUU